GGGAUUGUGUAACUCUGUUGUUCUUCUGCAGCUCGGGCUGAGGAUAUAAACUGGGAGUCUCUGGCGUUCGGGACGACUCACAGAACCUCCCGUCUGAUUCACAGCAGCCUCGACUCCUCAGAGAUCCGGAGAUGAUCGGCACUAACGCUCUCGGUCUGGUCGUCUUGGUGACGGCGCUGAUCGUCGCUGAGGCCUCCUGGGGCUCCGAUAAGGGGAACUCGUACAGUUACGACCUGUCGAAGAUGUCGGACCUGAGGAAGCUCUACAACUCGAAGGUGUAUCAGGCUGAUCGACUGACACGCCCGCUCGAGGGAAUGAGCAUCCAAGUGGGAGUCCUCAGUCACUCAGGAGUCAGGGUGACUCUGGCAGACGGCACUAAGUGGUUGGUGCAUAAAGGAGAUGGAUUUGGGAUUUCCUCCCAGACGGUGGUGGUGGACGCGCGACACAUGAGCAACAACUGGAAGGUCAGAGAGACUAAAAACUUCCGCGGUAGUAAGACGGUGGCCGACUUUGUGAAGGCGGGAGGAACUGAUUACCGCCUGCUGUUCGAUAACUGUCACGACGCCGCGGGGAGGAUGAUGGGAAACUAAACACACAGGGAAAUACACACACCUGACCCUGAUGCUCUGCUAAACAUGCUACACACACACACACACACACACACAUACACACACACACGUUAACAUUUUUAUUUCGGUUCUGCACUUCUAAUUGUUUCGCCUGUUAUCACAAAAAACUGAAUAAAAACAUCUGCCAUUUGA